GUAACUGUCUCAUGCUGGAUUUGAUUUUCUUCAUCUCUUUUGCAUUCUAUACCAAAAUUUAUAAAAUACUUAAAGAAUACAUUUGAGGAUCAUUCUGUUAUAUAACAAGCAGAAAAAGAAUGCUCAAAACAACUCAAUGAAAACAAGUUUUUAUGUGCAAUUUCUUUGUCCCUUUUGAAUACAAGCAUUUUAAUUGCACUUUGUUGCCAAAAUCUCUUGAACCAAAACUACUAGUCGUUUUCCUCUUAUUAACCCCUCCUAGCAAAUUCCUCUAUCCAUGUCAUCCACGACUACAAUACAUGACCAUGAAGCCUCUAUUUUGUUCUCAUGUGUAGAAUUAAAAUUUACACAUACAUAACACAAUUUAUAAAAAGAAAACCCAUAAAUCCAAAUUUCACCUUACAUUCAACACCAAUUCUAAGCAAACUAUGCCCGAUUGAUCUCUAUGGAUGGAAGACAACGUCCCGCAUUCGAAUUCACUCCGAUCAUCAUCGGCCUCCUCGGGAUCAUAGCCGGGGCCAUCUUGGUAACAACCUACCACUGCAUUGCCGUUGGUUGCUGCCACCGGAGGCGCUCGCCAACGGCCACUCAAAACGCACAUAACAAUAAUCAGCAACAGCAAAGGCCAACCAUCAGAAGCAAUGUUAAUGCCAUAAUUAUGCUACGUGCCACGAUUUUUAAGUACAACAAGGACUGCCAAGAAGGAAUGUGUGCCGUCUGCUUAAGUGAUUUCAACGAAGACGACGAGAUUCGGAUCUUGCCUGAAUGCUUGCACAUUUUUCACGUACCAUGCAUAGAUGCGUGGCUGAUUUCACACUCUAAUUGUCCGCUCUGUCGUGCCAAUACUGCCUCGCUAGCGCCACCGCACGUGGCGAUGUCUUUGCUGGAUGCAAGGCGGAGUGCUACCGACUCCGAAGAGCUGGGGUUGCCUGAUUCUUUGUCAAAUGAUUAAGGGAGUGGCUUUAGUUCUAAGGCUUUCCAUUUUUCAUUAAUGAUUGCUCAAAUUUGCUUGGAAAUUACUCAAAGUGAGCAAAAAUGAAAUUACGAAUACGAA